CGCGCCGCGCGGUGCCUCCCGGGAGUUGUAGUCCGGCGGCCAUGGCGGAGGAUGGCGAGAGGAAGGCCGCGCUGGAGACGGUCCAGGCAAACGGGACAGAUGGAAACUGCGUCACGUUUGUGUUGCAUGAUGAGGACCACACACUUGGCAACUCCCUCCGAUAUAUGGUCAUGAAGAACCCUGAUGUGGAGUUCUGUGGCUACUGCAUCACACACCCCUCUGAAAGCAAGAUCAACUUCCGGAUCCAGACCAGAGGGGCCCUUCCUGCUGUUGAGCCAUUCCGGAAGGGGCUGAACGACUUGAUGGGUGUUUGCCAACACGUGCUCAACACCUUUGAGAAGAGCAUGAAGGAGUACAGGGCCCAGAGGGAGGAAGAGAUGCAGUAGUGUUUGGGGAUGGCCGUCCCCAUGGAUAUGCGUGAUGUCUGUGUGUUGAAUUCCCUGUGUCACGAGUUUUUGUUUGGUUGUGUUUUUUUAUGACCGCUUUGAUGCAAACCUGUGUUUUCUCUAAUAAUAAAGUUUAUGAAGUUUGAUGCCGCA